AUGGAUCAACUACCAUUGGGUAGCAUCCAGAAAGCAGUCUGGGAUGGCAACCUCCCUUUGCAGAUCACGCUCGCUCCCUCAGAGAGCCGCACAUAUGAUCAAACGGAUCCCUAUCUCAUCUCCUACCCCCGAAUCUCAUAUCUGCCAUCUCUUCUCCCGAGACUCAAGGCUUUCUUCUCAUCAUCGCUCAUUGACCCCGCCUCCUCAGCCUCGCACGACGGCUGGUUCUCGUUCGAGAACGUCCCGCUAAAAUGGCACUACCCCGUUGGGCUACUUUAUGACCUGUAUGCGGGCGCAGCUCCAGCUACGAAGUCGAGUGACGUGGACUAUUCGUCCGCCUCUGAUGAUUCACUACCCUGGAAGCUUGUCGUGCAUUUCAGCGACUGGCCUGACGAGGAGCUCGUUCGACUUGAUGCCCAAGGCAUGGUCAUGAACGAUGCGUUUAUCAACAGUGUCAAAGAGGCAGAUUUUGUGCGUAAUGGGACUGCGAAGGGGAUUAUGAGUCUUUCGAAAGAUGAUUCUUCGGGGUUGUGGAAGGCUGUUCAGGAUGUCGACCUCCCAUCCUUCCAACGCAUAAUGAACAUCCUCCUACCACCCCCUGCUCAACCCUUCCGAAACCUCCCAAUCCGCCUCUUCCUCCCCCUACCCCCAAAGCCCGACUCCACGGACUCAAACACCGACCCAACCACCCCCUCACUAAAGGUCGUCCAAUCCCCCAUCCCACCAACAAUAACCCUCCCGCUCACGCAAACAACAACAAAUAUGACGCAGUCAACUCUUCUAUCCUCUUCACGACUCCCCUCGGGGACGGGAAGUCCGCAGCCGCAGACGCAGCAGCAGACGAUCGGGUCAGCGCUGCAUUCGCUCUUGCCAAAUCUGUUCCCGUCAAAGAGGACGCCCGUUUUGGCGAAGCCGGUUUUGCAUGGGGCUGCUGUGCCGAUGUCUGCGCCUGUUGAGGAGGUUGUAAGGUGCUCGGCGUAUGGGGAUGGGUGGGUUUAUAUUGUUAUACGGAUGAUGGGUUGA